CUCCUGAGAAGGAAGGAGUGCAGCUCUUGGCACCAAUUGGCUAAUUCAAUUUACUUGAGCAGCAUUAACCUCUGUCAGAAUAUUCAUGAGCAGGAGAAUGAGAAGCUGUGGCACAAGCAGACAGAAUCCACUUAGAGAGAAGGAGAGAGAGAGCAUGUGAGUGAGCAGGGUGCGUGCACCAAACUAGUGUACACUAUCGAUCUGCAGCCAUCGCUAGACAGUGAGAACACACAGAGGGUUGGAAAGGAGCCUGGAGGAGUGGACAGCAGGCAGGGCACAGGCAGCGCUCUGCUUGUUCUGUACUAGCAGCUCACAGUCACAGGUACAUUGCUGGAUCCUUGGGAACAUUUCCCAGACAAGCAGGAGGACAUAACAUCCCUGGAAGAAGUCAUCAGGUCAAGCCGUCAAGCAAAAGUGAGAAACACAAAGGUUGGGACCUCUUCAGAUAAAGGAAUCUGCUGUUAAGACGACUAUCAAAGACUAAAUCAAGAUCUAAGAUCUUUUUACUACUUCUUCUAUUUAUUUUACACCAAGGAUUACUCUUCUUCUUUUUUUUUUUUUAUAAAUAAUUUAAAAAAUAAUUUUUUAAACAUGCAACAUUUAAAGAACUGUGCCCAGCAAGGGUUGUAUAUCUACUACAUGGUGCUGCUGGACUUUGCAGCUGGAUUUGGAAUUUCAAGUCAACUGAUGAAACAAAAGGAUGAAAAAUCUGAGAACAAGCCGUUUCCCCAUCACCGACUGAAAAGAAGCUGGGUAUGGAACCAGUUCUUUGUUCUGGAAGAGUAUACAGGAACAGACCCGCUGUAUGUUGGCAAGCUUCACUCAGACAUGGAUGAAGGUGAUGGCUCAAUUAAAUAUAUUCUAAAUGGCGAUGGGGCAGGAACCAUGUUUACUAUUGAUGACACUACAGGUGACAUUCAUGCGAUACAGCGACUGGAUCGGGAAGAGAGGGCCCAAUAUACUCUCAGAGCCCAGGCUCUGGACAGAAGGACUAGCAGGCCUAUGGAGCCAGAAUCAGAAUUUAUCAUAAAAAUUCAAGAUAUUAAUGACAAUGAACCCAAAUUUCUUGAUGGACCUUACACAGCUUCUGUACCAGAAAUGUCCCCAGUUGGUACCUCUAUUAUCCAAGUGUCAGCAACAGAUGCAGAUGAUCCUACCUAUGGAAAUAGUGCAAGGGUGUUGUACAGUAUUCUCCAAGGGCAGCCAUACUUCUCUGUGGACUCCAAAACAGGCAUAAUCAGAACGGCGUUAACAAAUAUGGAUCGAGAAGCAAGAGAAUAUUAUGAAGUCAUUAUCCAGGCCAAAGAUAUGGGAGGACAGCUGGGAGGAUUAGCUGGAACAACCACUGUUAAUAUCACCCUCAGCGAUGUGAAUGACAAUCCUCCAAGAUUUCCUCAAAAACACUACCAAAUGAAUGUUUUAGAAUCAGCCCCUGUUAAUUCGACGGUUGGAAGGGUUCUAGCAAUGGAUCAGGAUGAAGGAGUGAAUGCAGAAAUGAAGUACACCAUCAUAGACGGCGAUGGACUUGAGAUGUUUGAUGUAGCAACAGAUGCUACAUACCAAGUGGGAGUUAUUACAGUAAAAAAGCCGCUAGACUUUGAAAGCAAGAAAAGCUACACACUAAAGAUUGAAGGUUCCAACCCACACGUUGAAGUGCGCUUUUUUAACUUAGGACCAUUUCGUGAUACCACCACUGUACACAUUACUAUAGAAGAUGUUGAUGAACCACCAGUGUUUGAGUCACGUCAUUAUUUUGUAGAAGUCUCAGAAAAUGUUGAUAUCGGGACUACAAUAAAAAUCGUUGCUGCAAAGGACCCAGAUGCAACAAACAACUCAGUCAGAUAUUCUAUUGACAGAAACAGUGAUCCUGGGAGAUAUUUCUAUGUUGACAUUACUACAGGAGCAUUGAUGACAGCAAGGCCUUUGGAUAGGGAAGAACUGGCAUGGCAUAAUAUCACAAUUUUAGCAAUGGAGAUGAAUAAUCCAGCACAGAUUGGAAGUGUUCCGGUUACAAUAAAAGUACUAGAUGUCAAUGAUAAUGCUCCAGUAUUCACCAAAUUCUAUGAAACUUUUAUGUGUGAAAAUGCAAAAGCUGGACAGCUGAUUCAGACUUUGAGUGCAAUAGACCAAGAUGAUCCUCCAGAAGGCCAACAUAUAUCCUACAGCCUGCCUCCAGAGGGAGCCAACAACCCAAAUUUUACAUUAAGGGAUAACCAAGAUAACACUGCUUGGAUCUUAACCAGGAAAUCUGGCUUCAAACAGUCUGAACAGAACAUGUUUUACAUCCCCGUCUUAGUACUAGACAAUGGGAGGCCCAUGUUGAGCAGUACUGGUACUCUAACAAUACAAGUUUGCAGCUGUGAUGAAGAUGGUGACAUAAUGUCCUGCAGCGCUGAACCAUAUACAUUACCCAUAAGCCUCAGCAGAGGGGCAUUAAUUGCAAUUCUUGCUUGCAUAUUUGUGUUAUUAGUGUUGGUGCUUCUUAUUUUAUCAAUGAGAAGACACAGAAAACAACCGUACACUAUUGAUGAAGAAGACAAUGUCCAUGAAAACAUUGUAAGAUAUGAUGAUGAAGGGGGAGGAGAAGAAGACACAGAGGCAUUUGACAUUACAGCUUUCUGGAAUCCAAGGGAGGUCCAUGUUGGAAAAAAUAGGCAGGACAUGCAACCAGAGAUUGAAAGCUUGUCCCGUUAUGUGCCUCAGACCUGUAUGGUGGACAACAAUGUUCACAGCUAUAUGUUGGCUAAGUUGUAUGAAGCAGACACAGACAUUUGUGCUCCACCUUUUGACUCUCUUCAAACUUAUAUGUUCGAGGGAGAUGGCUCAGUGGCUCAGUCACUAAGCUCACUACAGUCUUUAAGUACAGACUCUGAUCAGAGCUAUGAUUAUCUUACUGACUGGGGUCCACGGUUCAAAAAGCUUGCUGAGAUGUAUGGAACCAAGGAUAGCACUUCAUCUUUGUGAUGGUAAAAAGGAGAUUUGAGUCAUUUUAUGCAGGGCAUUGAGCCCCACUUAAUCUGGAUCCAUUUACUUUGGGAUUUCAAUUGAACGUUACAUAAAUGGAAAACCAUAAAUGGUGGAGUCACUAAACAUGGAUGAUAGCUUAUGAUUGCCUAACCUUGCUCUGGAUCAGCUUUAUUUGGUCUACAUGUACAAAAACAUACUGGAUAAUGUUUAUCAUCCAUGGAAGAUUAAAUAUUUCUUGAAUUCAAAGGACUUUUACAUCCUGGAGCGUUAUGGCAUAUAUUUUUAUACGACAUCAACAUUUACACUUGCUAUCAAAUACGUGAAAUGGCAAAUAAGCAAAGGAAAAUAUUGUUUUAUUCUUAAUUUAUAAAUGCUCAAUACUGGAAAUGUCAAAUAUGUGUAAAAACAAAAAUAAUAACACUGUUUAAUCUAUUUCUAUGACCAGUUUGAUCUCAUAUUCAUUUCUGUAUAAGCACUGGAAUCUUAUGUAGUAUCCGAUCAAACAUAAUAAUACUAACAUUUUUUUUUUUUCAGUUUUAUGGAAUUUUUUCCUUUUCAACUUUAUGGUGGCACUUGCUGAGAUAAAAAAAAAAUGUCAAACUGUUUGUGCUUGCACAUCCUGUGUCACUGCCAUGUGCCAAAUGUUGUUAUUACAUUUUAUACAUGAAAGCCAAAUACAUAAUCUAAGAGGACCCCAAUAGGAACCAUUAGUUUCUAACACAAACCCAAUAAAAUGUUAUUUUCUGCGGAAAAUAACCCUCAUGACAUCACCAUGCACCCACAUGGACAUUUGAAAAGAGUUGAUUUUUUGGGUUCCUGUGUGUGGCCACUCUUUCUGUUCAUAUCAUAGCUGAGCAGGUAUAAACAUAGAAGAAAAUCUUAUCUUGUUUCCGUUUACAUUCUCUUCUUGCAAGGGAGAUUUUUUUCUGUGUUCCUGCUCUAUGUAGCAAUGAAGGAAGAAUACACACAAUGAUGUGUGUUGUGUGCUGGAGAACUUUGUAUUGCAUCAUCUCUGCUUCACCAAUAAAACAAAGUAAAACAUUAAAAACAAGAUCCAUAAUUUUAACAUGGCCGACGUUCAUCUUUAAGGUGUAUGUACACUACCAGCAUUUUAAACGGCUUUCUUUAUGUUAUUUAACCGAAGAAAUGUUUACAUCAGAGCUGUCCAAGUAUGACCAUAAAGGAGCCCACAUUUCUGUAAUUAGUAUGUUUUUGUGGGCCUGUUACUAAUGAAUUAAAUGAAUAUGUAAUCAAGCAAAUUUUUUCAGGGAAACUGGGAGCUCCAAAGAGCUUUGGAGGGCUGCUUUCAGCUUACCAGUUGGACGGCCCUGUACUUGAUGAACAAUUGUGGAAUCCCAGAAAAGUAAACCACAUUUUGUAUAUUUGUCAAUAAUUUUGGUAAUGAAAUAUGAUGUACUGAACAGCCAGUACUUUAGCAGUUCUUUAAUAAAAGUUGUACUUAAAGAUA